AUGGAGGAGGCGACGGGACCGGACAGGUAUAGGUGGGCUGCUCCCGAGGAUGAGGAGCAGCUGGCAGCCGUGCUGGCCCUGAGCCGGCUGUAUGUCCAGCAAGGAGGCAGCGAGGAGACGGCAUGUCCCUGUGACGAUCCCUACGCCGAGGCCUCCCCCGUUUUGGACGUGCAGCCAGCCCUUCCUCUGUCCUCCAAGGAUCGGAGGGGACCCAGGAGGUUGGUAAUGAAAAGGAAGGUGCUGAGGCGCAGACCUGACGGAGGAGUAGAGGUCUCUGACGAGUCAGUGACCAGCGAGCCGGAGAGCGAGGCCGAGGCUUGGAGCCUGAGGCAGAAAAUGCUUCAGCUAAGGACCGGUCCGGAAGACAGCAUCUCCGAGGGGGAAAUGGAAACGAGCAGCAGCUCCCUCAAUGAAUCCCCUUACCGGUGGCCCUGUGAGGACAGUCCCCCCUUUCCUGGGCAUUUUGGGAGCCGGAGGUCUCCCGCUUCUCAGUACACUGCUGCGGCAGGACAACCCAAGUCCUUCAUUCCUCCACGGUUUGAGCCACUGGGCCAUAACCGGGGGAAAACCGACCGAGUGGCCAAAUAUUUUGAAUAUAAACGCGAAUGGGAGAAAUUCCGAAUCCCGGGGGAGGAUCAGCGGCAAGAACUGCGCUGGGGCAUCCGGGAGCAGAUGCUCUGCAAGCCCGAGCUCCCCAGCAAGCCGCAGCACCUCUGCGUCCCCAACGCCUAUGCUGUGCCGACUGAAAAGAAGAGAGCUGCCCUGCGCUGGGAGGUGCGCUGGGACCUGGCCAACGGCCUCCUCCCCAGAAAAAACACCUCCUCCUAG